AUGUCUAAACAGAGAAAAUUUGUUAAGCAAUUAACUCAUGGAGGAUAUAUGAGUCACAAAUCGGUUGAUAAUGAAUUUUCAACCGAAGAUUCGUUUUCUUAUUUAAAAAUUUCUUGCGUUAGUGAACCCAUAGAUUAUGAGCAGUAUAUAAUUCGGAAUAAAGCCAGCAUUAUGAAUGAUCCCCAUCGCGAUUUAGUGCUUUUCCCCUCCGAUGAAGUCAAGAUUGUGCGGCUCAACCGAACGCAGUAUCAUACUGUAGGUGGGGCACCGCCAAGUACAAGUAUAGCAGAACUCACCAAGACCAGCGCUCUAGCACGACAUGUGGAAGCUACGUGCAUGCCCCAAUCCUGGUGCCUCCUACAAGAACCUCUCGCCCGAUUUCGCGGAGCUUUUUGCGACCUUCCCAAGGAUCCAAAAGUUCUUGAACAGAUGGGCAAACCAGUGGAACAGUGGUACGCUAUUGAUCACGUUGUAACGGAGAACGGCUCUGAUCGAUCUGUCGUCAGCAGCCUACGAACUAACAACAAAAGUUCUGUUGCUACUGGAGCUGCGACUUCGAAUGAAACGGGUGUUGGGUCGCGUUCGUGGACGUCUGCUCGACGUGUCGCUCUCAUGGCAACUCACAAUGGAGCCGACUCUGAGGCUAUCACUUACAAUACCAAAACAUCGGAGAAUGGAACGUCUUCAACUUCCUCCCUUGAAGCCGACGUAGCAGUCUGCACUCGAGCUGAUUACCAAUCCCACCAACGUGCUCGAGACGCUGCUCUAGCUAGUGGAGCAUCGGAACAGCCCUUGGUUGGUGUUCGUCCACAACGCCGCCUAGUCCUUCGUCAACUCUCCUCUGACGACUUGCCUCGUCUCCGACUUCAAAAUCCCAACUCCUCGGCUCAAUCACAACCCUCUCUUCCCCUUGGCUUACAUCUCAUUGUCCCUGCAAAUUGGGGCAUUCAACCAUCUUCCUAUACGGCGAUCGAUUGCAGCGAUGUCAUCUUUCUUGAUUCCAUUGAGUCCGUCUGUGGUAUCGGUCGCCAUUGGCUCCGGCUAGACCGUCACACUAGCAGCCGAAUGCAUCGUAUUGCCAGUGAUCGUUUCGAAUCCUUCUUCUCUCCCUCUGGUUGUAGUGAGGCCUACCUCUUCUUUGAAAGCAUUGAUACGCGUAACGCCUGGAUCGGUGCUAUCAAAACCGCACUUGAUGCAGAAUUUACUCGUGCUCGACGGGGCUACUCUGUUGUGAAUGGAGGCGAGGGUUCUUCAAUAUCAUUGGUUAAUGGUUGUGGAGACGGGAGUGGGGGUAGUGCAGAGACAAGAAUGCCUGAUGGUGGUUCACUUAGAAGCUCACUUCAACGAUUUUCUCAAGAAAAUGAGCUAUUUGUUAGUCAUCAGCGUCAGCAGCACCGGCUUGAUCUACUCUCCGUUUUUCCCGAUGUUCAAAUCACUUACUCGAACCAGUUAUCAAGUGAUUGUGUGAAUCGUCGACAAAAAUUCGCUGACCUAAUUGAUGCAAUUAACCCCUCUUCCAAUUCUCUACCACGAGAGAUUCCUCACAGUAUUAGAAGUCUUCUACCAGAAUGUUCUCGAGAGAUCUCCAAGCGCAGGUUUCUCUUGACUUGUCUCUCCCUCAAGACUGCUCUUCGAGCUUCAAUUGAAGACACGUCUGGAACGUUGGAGGUUGAUAAUCCGGAACCCUUCUUCGUGACGGCUUUUCUUGCUAGCACUGCAGAUGGUGGUACACGUCUCUCUGAGGACUUUUGUUGGAAUCCUAACUCGUCUCUUGUGGAGGCCAUGCUUCCACCCGAAGUCUUCCGUCGCUUACCAUGGCACACUGCAGAAAGCCAAUCUACUCACUACCAACCGCCUAAUCUUCAAAGUGGUGGCAAAAGUAUGGCUCCUGCACCCCCCAUCCCUCUAAAUCCCCAUGGAUCUCUCACUGCGCCCUUGUCAAAGUUGGCCAAAUGUCGGUCGGCUCUUCUCUCAAUUGAUCCCGCCAUAAAAGCUAAUAACCUCUUUCUAGUCUUCCGAGUUGACAAAGUCCUAGUUGGUGGGAUAAGUCAAGCAGCCGAGAAGUACAUGAAAGCUGCAGCAGGAUCAAAAUACGCAUCCACUUCAAGUGAUCUCAAAACUGGUACCGCGUUGCACAAGUCAAUGCAAUCUUACUGCAAGCUCCUGGGUAGGUAUAGGAUGCCGUUUGCUUGGGGUGCUAAAUGGUUGUUCUCUAAAGAGACCCAAGUGCCACUCUUCAAAGUGGACUCAUCGAAAGUCUCUGAAGCAGCUCUCCUCCAAUCUGUCCGACAAAUUGCUAGACUUUUGGCUCUCUCAACUGGAGAGCCCUCAGGAACUCUGUCAAGUGGGUCCGAGAAGAGUACAUCGGUUAAUCCUUCGAAUGCUUCUGUCCUUGAAGCACUCGAAAAAUCCCUCAAAUCUGAUAUUCUCCCUAUACAACUUCAUGUUGCAGUGAAUGAGAUUUCUACUGAAAUGGUCUCCCGUCACCUCAAGGGUUUGGUGACUACCCAACUGGUCACGGUGGCAAGUCAGAGGAACCCUAUAGGAGAUGAACCCGCUUUACCACGACAGCCAUUAAAUCUUCUCCAUGUUAAAGAUUUUUCUUCCGAUGAAGUUGUCAAGGAAUUAGAGAUAUUCUCACAAAGAAAAGUUCAAUCGUUAGCAAGAGCUCUUAAUCCAGUUCUAUUUGAUGGCAACAGUAUCGGUCAUUCAAGUUUACGCGGAGGUGUUCACCCCGUAGAUUCUAAGCGUUGUUCCCUAUCUUCAAUUCGUUCUGACGCCUCAUCUGCCUCCUACGCAAGUUCGACUGUUGCAACUCAGGAAGGUACUAACGACUGCAACAGUUCCAACAGUUUAUUAAUGCGUAUCUCCACCUCAAUCUUGUCUAAAACAGCUUCACUCGAUCGUGGGAGUCAUAUUGUUACUGAUGGGCACGAAGAAAAUCACUCUACCACUGAAGAGUCUGCUGCUGCUCUCUUCAGUCAACCCCCUUUGUCCCUUAUUGAUCCCUAUCGUGCCUUCGUUCAUACCCUCUAUGUCUACCCUAAAGAUCUGAAUCUUUCAAUCAAACAUGGUUUUAAUCGGGCACGAAACUUAUGCUGCUUUAUUGAGCUUCGUGACAGUGAUGGCUUAAAUGUGAAGCCUCUAAAGGUGUUUUAUACUCGCCCUUCACUUUUACGACCACCAUUUGAUUCUUGGUUUAAUACAGCCGUUGUACAUCAUGAUUCAUCUCCUUCAUUCACCGAUGAGGCGAAGUUGUGUUUACCAAUCAUUCUGACUCGAAAACAUCAUUUACUUUUCCGAUUCUUCCACAUUCGAUGUGAUGUGGCAACAACUACGGUGGAAAAGAAUACUGCUUUGAAAAAAUCAUUGGAAUCGCCUACUGGCUUCGCUUGGUUACCUGUCUUGAAUGAUGAUGGAAGUCUCGCUAGUGGUACCAUUUCUCUUCCAAUCUCUCAAGAUCUUCCCAAUGGCUAUCUUGAUACUUUCUCGAGAACAUCACGUCGAGUUGCCACAAAUCAGACCACAACUGCAGGCUCAAAUGGGACUUCAGUUUCAAGUGGUCCAGAACCCUCGUGGAUCGAAAAUAAGCGUUGUCUUUUUACUGUAACUCUUGAACCAGUCUCCACAAUGUACAGUCAAGAUUCAAUGCUUUCUCGAUUUUUUGAAACCUGCGUCAGCAAGUUAUCCAACUUCACAGUUCCUGUGAUUGGCGGUUCAACUAGUCUACGAGGUGUCCGAUUUGUGACAGGUGAUGAUGCAACUCCAGUUGCCUCCCGUACAUCAACCUCUGAUACGCUCCCUUCAUCUCAGCUAGAUACAACGACGGGGAAACUCCUAAGCAACGCUAUCAAAUCCCUUCUUUCCGUGCAAAGUCAUGCACUAAUACAAUUCUUUCCCGCUUUGGCUAAUCAGAUUCUUGAAGUAUUGUUAGUCAGUUCGGCGAUGAGCCAAUUGGAAACCCCUUCUCCUUCAGCUAAUGCUGAUAUUGGUCAAUGGUUGGCACUCUGUCAAGACAUAGUAUCUGGUGGCCCUUGUGAUGUGGCCAAAAAUGUAAUCAGGAGCUUCUCUAUGAUUCUUUGCGUUAUUAAGGAAGCUCUUUCUGGUUCGUCUGUCCCAGUAUCGUCGGUUCCUAAAUCAGCUAUGAGUAGCACAUCUCGACCUGACAUCCUGAAGAAUUUCUUAGAAUUCUCUCUGGACCCUCAAAGCCUUUAUAAUAAAGUUUCAGAAACUUAUGAUGUUCCUCACGCCGCUUCAUCAGCUUUGUAUCUUCAUCAUGCUGUUGUCCGUGGAAUGGUAGCAUUCAUGGUUGACCCAUGUUGUCUCUCUGAUAUCGCACAUCCUUUCUUACUUAGUACUUGGUUCUUUUUUGAAGUGAUAAUCAAAUCAUUGGGUCAGCAUUUAAAUGCCUCAGGUUCUUAUAAGGUUGAUCGUAAAGAUUGGGGUCGAUUAUCCGCGGCGUUCAAGACAGAUUUGACUAUUCUUAUAAGGCUCCUUGGCAAUUGGAUGGUGGAAAUUUGUUCACAGCGUGAUGGACUUGAAGUGCCAGGUUUCGACGCCAGUUCAACGAAAAGUGAUCAUUUGUCUAGCACCUUGAGUAUCUAUGACAAUCAGGUUGUGAAGGCCUCAACUUUUCAAUCAAAAACUAUCGAAAUGCUUGGUUUGGAAUUGGCAGAUAGUACAGCCAUUUUUUUGGAACAAUUGUUACUUCUUAUUGAUCGGGGAUUUGUUCUGCAAAGGCUGAGAGACCUGUUAUCUCUGCUUGAGAUUCGACACAAUAUGACUCCUUCUGAAGUGGAUCGUUUUAACAGUCUUCGUUAUCGGCUUAUCCAACGAUUUUCAGAGACUCAAUUCUUCGUCCAAAUUAAUCUGCCAUCUUUAAGUCCCCAUUUAUCCGAUCGCACGGAGGAAUUCACACUCAGUGAACGCUUCUGUGAGGAGCAUUUCAUAGUUGGACUUACUCUUCAAGCUGUUGCCUGCGUUUUGGCGGGUUGUGCCGAUGCUGGAGGCACAUUUACAGCUCGGGGUCUUCGACAGCCCCUUCUCCUCCUGCUGGCUCAGCUGGCCAAAGUGGCUUUUGACCCGAGAUAUACCGCCUCAUCGCGUCUUCGCUCUCGUAUCCACUUACUCUACCUUCCGUUGGUCAAAAUUGCUCUGGAAAAUAUUGAGUCUCUUGGCCCACCUGGUCUCAAAAUUCGUGAACUUGAACAAGUUGAACGCAGUAGCCAUACCAAAGACGAUUCCGAUUCUCAAUGUGAUUCUCAACAGCAGCGUCGCCGUAAGAGCCGAACCAGUCACAAGCUCAAAUUGCUCCACCAUGGGGGCAGUCUGCAGGGGGAUAGUGGCAGGAAAGUUACCGUAAUUGAACGUCCGGAAAAUCUUAAAACCCAACACUUCUCUGACGGCAGUGUUAGCUCUCUGUCUCUCGUGACUAAUUCCACAGGUUCAUCAAAUUCUGAGAUGAGAUCGACUACUUCAGGGUAUACUACAUCAACAGCGUCUUCAGCUUUUCUUGGUCCAAAUGGCAAAGUUGCUCCAGAGGUCCUCAAACAGAUUGCUGGGUUCAACAAAGGUGGUGUUCUACAGCGCGUGGCUCCCCACAGACGUCUACCCAAUGAAUCUAAAGUUCCUGCUACUAAAGGCCAGUUCGGAAGCACUUCAACCCUGACUGAGGCCGGAGGAAGCAACAAUGGUGACGCUGAGGAAGGAAGCGAGAAUUCAUCCAACGGAGGCUAUUGGUAUAGCAAUGGAAACGGUGUUCGUGGAGAGGAAGGAACUAGCCUUGGUAGUGACGCUGACUACAACUCGGAUAUCGAUGAACAUGACGGAGCCUGGCCAGAACGAGUACUUGAAGUUGCUGGUGUUAUACCAGCGUCGAAACCUCCUAGCAAUGGCACUCAAUCUCUUCCCCCGGCAGCUCCUCGGCCUAAUGGAGCCAAAGUGAGGCAGUCUGCUACACCGCUGAAUCAGCUAUCUUCUCAAGAUGCUUUUGCACCCACGUCAAAGUCCGCCUCUACAAUAUCCAAGUUCAGAAUUCAUGCGGCCCAAUUUGACUACACCUUCCGUCGACAUAUUCACAGGAGAUCCCAUGCUCAUCUGUUGUCAUCACAACACUUGAAUGACAAAUGCCAGCGGGAUCUCUAUAUCUGUCUUCUUCAACUCCUACACAAUUUGUCUGAUGAUCCACUAAUUGCUUUGCUUCGAAGCCUUAGUGAUGCUGAAAAGGCUGAUUUCUUGAAACUAUUGACAUAUGCUAUUCAGCACAUCAAGUAUCGCGGGAGCAAGUGUAUUUCGCGCUUCAAUACAAUAAGUACAAGUUCAGUGACACCAAAGGGAACUCUUGGGUCAACUUUAAACUCCGCCACAUCUGAUAGUGGUUACCGUGUGCUACUAGAAGCCAACAUGGCCGCUGAGGCUGGUCUCAUUAUUCUGGACAUUCUCAAUUUAAUGUGUAACACAUUCCGAAGAGACCUCGAGAAUGGAAAGCCGUCAAAUCCCAUCUUUCAGGGCAUUCUAGGGGUUUAUGCCUGUCUUCUCUCAACUGGCCAAUCUGAGCGCCUCCUCAAGCACACAUUCGCUUCACUUCGUGUAUUUAUUUCACGAUUUGCUAAAGUUCUCUUUUCCGAAACUACCGAAGGGCUAGCUCGAAUCUGCAUGGCAGGACUUCGCACUUCAAAUCUCAAUCUUCUUCCACUGACUGGAACCGACGACGAUGAGGGCUCCAAUAAGUCGCCAAUCACCCCCGUCAGUGCACUCGGCGCGUUCACCUUCACCGUGAAUUCUCCUCUCUUUGACGCCUCUAGUGCUAGCCAUAUUGGAGCGCUGCGGCUAGAGGCAUGUGGUCUCAUUUACCGAAUGUGGAGGGCCAGUUUUGAGGUCUUUGGCACACAGGGUUUCAAGAGGGUUCAUUUACAGAUCAUCAUCGCUCUCUCAAAACUUGUCGGUUCUAUUGGUCCCGAGUUUGAAUCCAGUUUGAGCCUCCUCCAUAGCUUGGCUGGAAUGGAUAUUCAACGUGGAAUCAGGGAAACUACUGUAGAGUCCUCUUACUCCCGAUCCGUUAGCGAGGCAUCUGCACUGCAGGCUCCACUUCGUGGCCCUACAGCUGCCUCAUUCAUGGAGGGAAUUGAAGAUCUUAUUAAACGAAUUCGGACCGUCCUCACAGCCACUGAGGAGAUGCGUCGAUACAGCAAUGACCCCUACCGAAAAAUUGAUCUACAGUACUCCCUGGCUAAGUCUUAUGCCAGUAAUCCAGUGUUAAGAAGAACCUGGUUGGAGAAGUUAGCUGAACUCCAUUUGACCUUGAAAAAUAUGGCUGAGGUUGCUAUGGCGAAGCUCCAUAUCGCCGCUCUAAUGGCAGAGUAUCUGCACAAGAGGGGUGAAUUCCCUCAAGGGUGUGACGCAUUUUGUAAAGUUUCUGCUAACAUUCGAUUAGAGGAGACUUCACAUCUCUGUGAUCCAUCGAUUAUUGAACUCUCCUAUAAUCAGGAAGACCUAUUGCGUGAUGUUACUGAUGCCGCAACAGCACUAGAAGCUGCCGGUCUCUAUGAAGCACUUCAACCUGUCUACGCAUUAAUUACUCCUGUUUACGAAGCACGUAGGAAUUACGCCCGUCUUUCAAAUAUAUACCAUCAUCUGGGUCGCGCUUAUGAGAAUAUCGCCAAAGCUGAAGCCUCUGCACAUAGGCUCUUUGCCACGUACUUCAGAGUAACGUUCUUUGGAAAGGCAUUUGAAGGUCUCGCUGGCAAAUCCUAUGUUUACAGAGCUGAAGCCUGGCAGAAGAUUAAUGUUUUCCUUCAAAAUCAAGUCAAGAUCCAUGAAGAACGACUUGGUGUUGGAAAAGUUGAGAAGAUAAUUGAAAAUUACAUCGAUCCUUCUCGUCUAUCCCCGGACAAAGCCUACAUCCAAGUUACCUUUAUUGAACCCUAUGUACCUAUGGAUUCCUCGACUCAAUUAGCCGCCUUUGAUCGACAUCAUGAUGUUAGAGAAUUCUUCUUUGAAACACCCUUCGUCAUGCAACCAGGAAUGACUGCUAAUGAAUGUCUCACGUCUUCCGGUCCUAAACGAACAGAAGAUCUUACAGCUCAGUGGAAGAGGAGGACAGUAGUAACAACUAAAGCUGUAUUCCCCCAUCUCCGUUCUCGAUUGGAAAUUGUUUCCAGUCAGGAUAUUGAUCUUUCUCCCCUUGAUGCAGCAAUCAAUGCCAUUCAGCUUAAAGUUUGUGAACUUACCGCUUACAUUCCUUGUGCUCCUCAGGAGAGCGCUAAUGUUUCUGCCCUCCAUCUUGCAACUAAUAAGAACCAGAGGGGAAUCUGUAUUACCACCGCUUCUUCUCCAUCCCUCGAAGUUCUUGAGAGUGGAGUUGAGUUGACAGCGAAAGGUGAAUGUCGAGUGCCCCUCAUAUUAGAUAUGCAGUUGCAGGGAGCUCUUCUGCCUACAGUCAACCAAGGACCAAUGGCAUAUGCUCAUGCCUUCCUUGACCCUGAGAGAAUUCAACUUCAUCCCAAGGCGAAGAUUAGCAAACUAAAGCAGCUGUUUUUCGAAUUUCUCACAGCUUGUUUGGUAAUACUCACUCGUUAUCGCUCUCUGAUGCUGCGAGUUCAUCCUGAGAAGUACAAUGUUUUGAAGGAAGCCUUCAAUCGAUAUCGGGUCGACUUGAGCAAUCUCCUCAACGAAGAGAUUGUUGUCGAUGAGACAAGCCUUCAAGUUGGGCCGAAAUCGCAAUUUGCAGAAGCACCUGAGUCAACGCUGACUACUAAAAGCUGA